CAGAAAGAAAGAAAACAAGGGAAGGGAAAUAGGAACAGCACAAAAAGCAAUUCCUUGACCAACCCACACCCCUCCCCGUGCGAUUCUCACUGCUUCUGCUGCUCCUGCUCCUGCUGCUGCCGUGCGUCUCCGGCAAUAAUACCCCAACCAGCCGUCUGCGCGGGCGCAUCUGGAGUCCCCGGAUCCGUUUUGUAACACCACCACCACCCACCCACCCAUGUAUACGCCUUUCGAGCGUGAGCGUGGGCGUGGGAUGUAUUCUGCAGAUCGCCAACCGCCGAUUCCCACUCCAUUCUCCACCUUCAGCAGCUCAGGUUCACGUCAGAGUCAGACUCACGCUCACUUCGAGGACUCGUCCGGUGCAAACUCCGCCGUACACUCCCUCACCUCCAACAGCACACUCGACAGCAAACUGGAUUUCUCCUCCGAAGAAGCGGCUGCUCGCAAGGGCAUGCUCGAUACCUCCAUCUUCCCUCCCUUCAGCAACGAUGCCGCCAACGCCAACGUAGAUACUCCAGAGGAAAUGCAGAAGAACGAUCCCUUGGGCACGCAGAUAUGGAAACUGUAUUCCAAAGCAAAGACCCAGCUCCCCAACGCGGAGCGCAUGGAGAAUCUCACCUGGCGAAUGAUGGCCAUGAACAUGAGGCGUGCCGAGAUCGAUCGCAAUAGAGGGUUAGGUCCGAUCCACGAAAUGAGGCCUCCGCCUCCCUCCACGGCAUCUGCGAGCGUGAGCCCGAGUGCGAGCGCGAGCGCGAGGCCUGCACCGAGGACAGCGCCAAGCGGCAUUGCACAGUUGAGAAAGUCGGUCGAUCAGCGAGCGCAGACACCACCGUCGGAUACAAUGAACUUGGACGAUUUUAUAUAUGAGUCGUCUGUGGGAUCACCAGCGGGCUUGCCACCUUCUCCGUCUAACGAUACGAGAGCCGCCUCGCAUACAACGGCCCCUGCGAUAGCGAUAAGGAAACCCAACCAACUCCACGACCAUAACUUCUCCCUCGCCCGCGCCUCUGCUCCCUCAGUUCCUCCUCUCGACAUCCGGGAGAAUGAGUUCGCAUAUGUUCCCCGUCACGUUCGCAAGACAAGUAUCGACGAGCGAAGGCCCCCCAAACGACGAGCAGAGGCCUCGCCGCAGGUCCCUGCCGUGAACAGCAUCAUGAUACCGAACGACCCCGAUGCAGAGGCCGCUUUGAACCACUACUCCCUCGACCAGACCAUGCAACACUCCAACUUCCCCUCCUCCCAGGCUCAGGUCCCCUUCGCUCUCGACACCUUCCAACUGAGUGACCCUGACCCUAUCAUCAACUCCGCCGGUCCUUUCCAGCAGACCUUCGGCUUCUCGCCAGUGGGUUCGCCCAUGAUGAACAGCUCCUCGUCGUUCUCGAACAUGUACAACCCCAAUUCGAUAGCGUCGUCUCUCAAUUCCACCAACGACUACUACUCACCAUCUAGCUCCGCCUUCCCUUCGACGGUGUCGACUCCACAGCCCAUUCAGGAGGAGGGCUCCAUGUACUUCGAUCGUACCGGCAUGGACAUUCGUGGGGCACAUGGAGGUAACAACUAUGGACCCCACCGCCCCUCGGCAUUGUCCAACUCCAUGCAAACCCAGUACAUCUUCGAUCCCAACAACAACAGUGACUCCAUAUUCAGUGCAGUGACAAACGCUGGCUCUACGCCCUUUUCUGCACCGAACUCGUUCGCUCAAUCUGGACACGUCGACCCGUCACAGGUUCUGCACAACAACCUCCCAUUCAGGACAGAGCCUAUGCAGAUCGGACAACGAGAGAGCAUGUUCUCCUUUGGCGGUGAUUCUGAUGCUGAAGAUGACGAUGGUGGAGCAUUCCCAGACAGGACCAUCUCCCAGGCUGAUUACUCGCCGAUGGAAGAGAGCUCCAUUGACUUCAGUGGGGGCUUCCAGUGGGAGACCAACCUAUCCAACCAGUUCAAUCCCACUCCUGCGAGGUACCCAGCGGGCCCGCCACGUAAGACUGUGACGAUCGGACAGACUGAGAUGGUCUCGUCGCCUCAGGAUUCGUGGCAGGGAGGCAGCCUCGGCCGUGGACAUGGCUCUGCCGCCUCCGUCAGCGACAUCCGCAAUCGAGGAAACGAUCCCAGACGCCAAAAGAUCCCCCGCACGAGUUCCACACCCAAUGCAGCCGGCAUGGUACAGGGCAUGCUCAGCCGCCCACAAUCGUCACCAAACUCACCGCCUGAAUCUGCCUACAGCUCGGCAGCGCCAUCCAGGCCGUCAAGUCCUGGCGGCACGAAGCCGGGUGAGCAGAACGGAGCUCCUACCACUUGCACCAACUGCUUUACCCAGACCACCCCCCUCUGGCGACGCAACCCCGAAGGCCAUCCCCUCUGCAACGCAUGCGGGCUCUUCUUGAAGCUUCAUGGUGUGGUGCGCCCAUUGUCGUUGAAGACAGAUGUCAUCAAGAAGCGCAACCGUGGCAGUGGUAACUCUGCCCCGGUGACUUCGUCUACAAGGUCUUCAAAGAAGUCGUCACGCAAGAAUUCCCUUGCCCAUACACCUGUUGCGACACCGAUAUCCGCAAAGGCCAGUCAUGCUGAUUCCGAGUCUCCUAAAUCGACCGGCUCUGCAGGCACUGGACCCACCGGCGCAAGCGGCGCUACGGGCUCAGGCAGUCUUAAGUCUGGUGGGGUGGUCCCCAUCGCACCAGGACCUCCCAAGACACAGCCGACCACGCCGACAAGUGCGCCCCAAAGCCGCACCAUCACUGUCGCCCCGAAGCGUGUUCGACAACAGAGCAGGAGCGGUGUGCAGGAGUUAGAAAUGGCAGACGCGGACGACACGAGCGGAAAGGCGCCGCCCGUGACGAGGCGAAAAGAGCCAACGAUACUGACCACCAAUCCACCACCUUCUCAGAACCUGGGCAGUCUUCCCAUGGGUGCCAUGGGCCAGGGACUGGCAGCGAGUGGUCCUCAAGAGUGGGAAUGGCUCACGAUGAGUCUCUAGUGGAGCGUCGCUCUUUGUGCUCCAGCUGCUUUAGCUGGGAGACAAACACAGAGUGCUUACGGAGAUUGUGCUUCAGCAGAGUGCACAUCUCCAGGCCCUGCCGACCU